AUGUCGUCAACAUCGUUCCAACGUCAGUCUCUUUCUGAUACUCAACUUGAAGGUCUGAUCAACGAACGAGCUCGUUUUAAACAACGAUCUCAUGAUACACAUACUCAGACUCAUCAGCCACAAUUAGAAAGUUCUUCUUCGAUCAAUUCUUCCCUAACAACAAUCGCACGUGAAUUUCCACCACAAAUCGAUGUCGUUCUUCUAGGCGAUUCUAUGUUGGAACGAUUCAAAACCACUGGAAAGGAUACUCAAAUCGGUCAACUGCAGUAUCCACGAGUCUUCAAUGCUGGGGUGGGCGGAGAUAAGAUUGAAAACGUACUCUAUCGUAUUAGAUUGGGAUUACUCAGCAUGUUGAAAGCUAAAAAUCCCAAACUCGUUGUGAUACAGAUAGGCACUAAUAAUCUUCAACCUAAACGAUCAUUACAUGGUCUAGAUUUAGAUAACUAUCGUCUUCUAUUGCAAGCUUCUCUUAGAUUUUUACCUGCUCAAACACAAAUACUUGUUACAGGCCUUUUUAAACGAAAAGACGUCGAUGAACAAUGUGUUUUACAAUCAAAUAUGGAUAUAAAACAAAUUGUUAACACAAUUAACACACAAGAAACGAACAGACAAACAGAAGAGAACUAUCGCGUUCAUUGGAUGGAGCCACCUGAAGAAAUACAACAAGAUCAUUUAGCUGACAAUGUUCAUCUCAAUCUUUAUGGUUAUCAAAUUUGGGAUGAUAAACUUCAUUCGAAAAUUCAACAAUUAUUGAAUACAUAA